CUGAACUACAUAUCCCACACUCGUAGCGAGUGAAAGUUCUCACGCAGUGUAGAUGCGGCUGCCAGAGACUGGUGGUAAACACUAACAGAAGGUGACUGGGCAGCAAACAUUUGAGGUUGCCACACGCUAAAACUGGCGAUUUGGAUUUAAACCGAAGCAAUUUAAAAACCAAUUUCAGCCUCUGAGUUAUGCUCUGACCAACCCCUUCACGCCAUUGCCCACAUUCCUUCGAUGACCAGUGCUGGAAUUACCUGUUGCCAUGGCAAUCCUAUUUGCGGUGGUGUCCCGAGGUACCACCGUCCUGGCCAAACAUGCAUGGUGUGGUGGUAACUUCCUGGAGGUCACGGAGCAAAUCUUGGCUAAAAUACCGUCAGAGAACAACAAGUUAACCUACUCCCAUGGCAACUAUCUGUUCCACUACAUCUGUCAUGACAGAAUUAUCUACUUGUGUAUCACAGACGAUGACUUUGAGAGGUCACGGGCAUUCAACUUCCUGAGCGAGGUGAAGAAGCGUUUUCAGACGACCUACGGCUCUCGGGCCCAGACGGCCCUACCCUAUGCCAUGAACAGCGAAUUCUCCAGUGCACUGGCUGCUCAGAUGAAGCACCACUCGGAUCCACAGGCUGCAGAUCGCGCGACAGACACGCAGGCACAGGUGGAUGACUUAAAGGGAAUUAUGGUCCGCAAUAUCGACCUGGUGGCUCAGAGAGGAGAGAAGAUUGAGCUGCUGAUUGACAAGACCGAGAACCUUGUGGACUCUUCUGUCACCUUUAAAACCAGCAGCCGUAACCUGGCACGUGCCAUGUGCAUGAAGAACCUGAAGCUGACCAUCAUCCUCGUCAGCGUAUCCAUUGUGGUGCUCUACAUCGUCACUUCAGCUGCCUGUGGAGGACUCAGCUGGCCCAACUGUGUGAAGAAGUAGGGAGGCUGGGAGGGGGGGUGCCAUGGAGGGACACUUCCAUACCUGCUUCAGCCAGGGGAACCAACCACUGUCAAGACCAGAUACUUGAACUGAAGCUGAUCUUCCUGUCCUCACCACACAAGGUCCAAGAUCACACCUGCCUUAGGCACGGACUAGAAGCAGCAUGGAAGUCAUUUGGUCAAUAAUGCUAACCAAUGCUAAGGCGAUCAUCACUACAUUCUAAAAUGUUACACACACGUAUGGUGUAAGAAUAGGCUUACUCACUCAGCCUCACUUUGGCCAUUUUUGGCUCAUUUAGGUAAGAUGGGAGCUAUUCUGGAGUCUAGGCUUUAAUCUUAAUCUGAGAAUCCAGUUUUGUGGUAGACAAAAUAAUUUGUUGAGUGGUGGUGAAAUCAUCUGAAAUGAUCCUCACUCAUUCCCGGAGGGCUCUCACCUUUGUGUUACUAAAGAUAGUGUGCAUUCUACUGAUAUUUCAACAGUCUGCCAUCAGCACGGUCACUACAGUAUUGCUGUCAUCAUCAUGAAUAUACAGUCCACUUUGCAAAAUAGUAGUGAUUUGAGGUUUCUCCUCUACAAAGUUUGUAAGGUCAGUAGCCUGCACCAGUCUAAUUCUGAACCUAUACAUGGUGUCAGUUCCUGGGUCAGGUUUACCUCAAACAGCAUGAAUUCAUCACCCGUAACCCUGACUGUCUAUGUGUGGUCAAACUUACAUUUACAUCUCAAGGCAUACUGAGGAAAAUCGAAAAAUCUUUGGCGCAGCCUGUUCUGUUCUUGGGCUUAUUGUCCUUCAGAAGAGCAAGGCUCAUUUAGGCUCAUUUAUUUAUUUCAUACAUCACAUUUGUCAAAUUGCCAUUGGCAAAUCGGUAUGUUUUCUUUUUAAUGUUAGUUCCCCACAAUUAUUUUUACUUAGCAGUUUAUGAAAUAUAUGAUGUGACGUUACACUUACAUCACAUUGUAUUAAACUGUUAUAUAUGCAACUUUUUUAUGUGUGCUGUUUAUCCAGAGCAUAUAAAUAUCUUCCAUUUUAUGCUUCUGAAUGUAUACUGUAUGUACACAUGUAUAAUGCACUGAUUUCAAAAGCAGAAUGCUGUGAUAUCUCAUUUGUUUUCUCAUUUUCCUCUUACAUGCAGGUACAGAGCUUUGCGGUAUGUUGAUAUUCAACAUGAAAUAGCACUUUUCACUGCGUUUCAUUCCUGCUGCUUCAUUUUCUUAAGGAGUUGACCUUCAGACGAGUAAAGUCAUGAGUCCAAAUGGAGCCACAGUUCCCAUUAUUUUGGCCCAACGCCCUUUCUCAUGAUCCCAUGCAGAUCAUGUGAACCGAGCUGCUGGGCAUAAGAUGUGCGGUUUUUAGCCGACUUACCAGUAUAUUAUAUGGCAGUAAAAGGGAGGGAGAUUGAUGUGUUGUGAAAUGACUGAGGUUAUGAGCUGGUGACCAAGGAGGAGCCUCACACUGGUGCACAUAUGGUCAUAUUGACUUCCGCUUGAGUGAUUGCCCUGCUCAUAAAGUUUCAUACUGGGGGGCUUUCAAUUUCUGUUUUUGUUGCUGUUAUUUUCUUAAUUAAGGCCAGAAUUGUAAAAUUGGUUCCAUCCUAUGAGGUCUCAGCUGUUGGACCACGUCUGCCUCGGUCCUGGAUUCACAAAGGUGAAACAUGGUGAACUUUAACAUGAAGUUAUGCAAAUGAGGUCAAGUUGCCAUUUUUUUUUUUUUUUUUUUUUUUUUUUUUCAUGAAGUUGUAUUAACUUCAACAAGCUGUAUUUUGAAUUAAAGUGACAUGCUGGACUGAGGUAAUGUAUAUGUUUUUCUUCAUGAAUAGAGACUUGUUCUAAAAACAGCAUUAUGCUCAUUUUCAUUUUGGGAUUUUUAUUGGUCAUUCAACUGUCAUGGUUCUGCUCAAUCAGCUAACAGAUGAUAUUGCUGGUGGGAUUUUGGACAUCUUGCAAGCCUGUUGAAAAUAUUCUUCAUAAAUAAAUAAAAUAAACACCA